AACUUGCUGUCAUAUCAAGUGAUCGAGUCAUCUGAUUAUGUGAGCAACAACCGGCCGUAGUAAUGUGGUGGUGAUGGUGUUGGAGUCCAGCUUCGCGAUGCGCCUUUGACGCACGAUGGAGGCGCUUUUACGCGCGGACGACACCGGCCCGCACAACUCGUCGUGGGCCAGGUGGCGCGCGUGGGAGAACCGGAGUCAGUCCCCCAACGCCACCGCGAACCCUUUAAAACGCAACGACGAGGUGGCUAAAGCGGAGGUGGCCGUGCUGCUGCUGGUUCUGCUUCUCGCCUUCACCGGAAACCUGCGCGUGCUGUGGGCCGUCCGCGCCGCCAAGCAGCGCCAGUCUCGGAUGCUCUACUUCAUGAGGCACCUGAGCAUCGCCGACCUGGUGGUGGCCGUCUUCCAGGUUCUCCCGCAGCUCAUCUGGGACAUCACCUUCCGCUUCUACGGGCCCGACGUGCUGUGCAGGCUGGUGAAGUACGCGCAGGUGGUGGGCAUGUUCGCGUCCACCUACAUGCUGGUGCUGAUGUCCGUCGACAGGUGCUUGGCCGUGUGCCGGCCACUCCGACCCGUGCGAAGGAGAAGGGACCGCGCGUGCGUGGGCACGUCGUGGCUGCUCAGUCUGAUUUUCAGCGCGCCGCAAGCGUACAUCUUCUCCCUGCGGCAGGUCGGGGAAGGCGUGUACGACUGCUGGGGGGAUUUUGGGCAGCCGUGGGGCGCCAAGGCCUACGUGACAUGGAUGAGCCUCAGCGUCUACAUCCUCCCCGUGGGCGCCCUCAGCGUGUGCCACGGCCUCAUCUGUGUCAAAAUCUGGCAGAACUUCAACCUGAAAACCAGGCCGGAGCACUUCUCGGCUCUGGCACCCGGAGGCGCGCGUCACCUGUGUCGGGUGAGCAGCGUCGGGCUCAUCUCCAAAGCCAAAAUCCGCACUGUGAAAAUGACUUUCGUGGUGGUGCUGGCCUACAUCGUGUGCUGGACCCCCUUUUUCUCCGUCCAGAUGUGGUCUGCGUGGGAUGAUGCCGCUCCACGAGAAGACACGGCCUUCAUCAUCGCCAUGUUGCUAGCUAGUCUGAACAGCUGCUGUAACCCGUGGAUCUACAUGUUCUUCGCCGGUCACAUGUUCCAGGGCGUAGCGCGCAGCUUCUUCUGCUGUAGACGCUACACCUCGGCGUCCUUGUGCAGCCGCCGACAUAACAACGCCGUCAAGAAGGACAGCAGCCACAGGAGCCUCUCGCACACGUCCAGCACGGGGGGGCCGGGGCACUCGGACCCAAGCCGGCAAUCCAGUUGAUUACUACUUCAGUAGCGUCAGUGGAAACAUCCUUUCCAGACAGUAGCAUCCACGUAAUAACAAAAACCUGUUUUCACUUUUGCAUAGCCGCUUUUUGGCAAAAGACCAAUUGAGCCACUGAGAUUGGGCUAACUCAAUUUGUGUGAUUUUGCAGACGAGCGAUUAAUGUUUUAUGGCUCCGAUAAAAUCUUGGGAAUUUAAAAGGCAACAAUUACUUCUUUUAGAUACGUUUUUAGAGAAACUGUGGUUUUCCUCAGAUUUGUACCAUUUUGCCAAAUACAAUGAUGUCGAUGAUACUUUCAUUGACAACUGAGGUACUGUCAUCUUCACUUUCAUAAGUUGGAUCCCAGUCAGUAAAAGAAUCAAACUAAGAUUUCAAAAAAAAAAGGGAUAGUGGAAUAGUGGUCUAAGUCCAAACAUCCAUCAAAUCGAUUAAUAUUUCACGAGAAAUAACAAACAACAUUUACACUAAAAUGCAGAUGCACUGGUACUACUUAAUUUCUGAGUCUCCUACCAAUCUCUGAUCGUCACUUUCUAAAAUGUUAGCCCGGUGUUGUGCUGAAGAAUGCAAUUGGAGAUUGCCCACUUGCAUAUCAAAAAAUGAUCUAAAGAUUUAUUUAGACCAGUAUUCAACUGAAAUGAAUUACAUUGCCACUCCCCUGCCUUGACUCACAUAUGAUUUUAAGUGAUAUCCCAUUCUAAAUCCAUGAUUUACUAUGAUGCUGGUCUACCCUUUGCAGCUAUAACAGCUUCAACUCUUAUGGGACGGCUUUCAACCAGGUUUAGGAGUACGUUUAUGGAAAUUUUUGCCCAUUCUUCCAAGAGCAUAUUUGUGAGGUCAUACAACCGACGUUGGACGAGAAGGCCUGCCUCACUGUCCAUUCGAAAUAAACCCAUAAGUGUUCUCUCGGCUUGACGGCAGAACUCGGUGCAGGACAGUCAAGUUCAUCCAUACCAAAUUCUCUCAUCCAUAUAGUUACGUUAUGGACCUUGCUUUGUGCGCUUGGUGCACAGAAAUGGUGGAACAGGAAAGAGUAAUUCCCAAACUGUUUGACUGUCCGAAAUCUAUUUGUAUGAUAAUGCAUUCAGAGUUCCUUUCACUGGAGCUCAGGGGCUAAUGUUAUGGACAUUUCCAACUUUGUGGGAACACUUUGGAGAUGGCCCCUUCAUGUUCCAGCAGUCACUUGUCACUUAAUAUCAUUUCUGAGUCAAGGCAGAUGAGCAAAUACUUUUGGCCAUAUAGCGUGUAUGCCUGAGCUCAUUUCUACACUUCUUUAAAAAAAAUGGCUAAAAUGGAGCUAGCCCACUCUAGUUCUCAGUGGCUCGAUUUAAGAAGACUUGCACUAUUCUAGCGCACUAUGCCCGUUUCCACAGAAACUUGGGGUGCCUCACACAGCAGAGAAAGGAAUGAGGAAGGAGAGGCGACAGGACCAAAACGCAUUCAUUUGAAGACAAACUGACCACUCUGUAUGAAAUAUAAAAUAAAUAGUGGGCUUGUUUUCACUGCAGCCCCAUCAACCAUUUGUCAAUUAUGUAAAAUCUCCUUGCGUCUACAUUUGGAAGUAACGUAGAGUGAAGCUUGGAUUCUCUGUGCUUUUGUUUUGUCCUGAUGUGAUAAUUAUCCACAGCGUCCUCAUGUCAUUCAAAACACUAAUAAACCUUUCAGUUAGUAGUGUACAAGCAGCGUUUAACCAGGUGAAUAACACUAUGGCAAUCCCGGAUGACUUUCUUAACUAGUCUAUACUGGUGGACCAGCCUGGGCACCUCUCAUUUCACAUUAACAAUCGAUUUUGAACACUUUUGAACACAAAGCCCCUGGUGUGUUACAUUUGUGUUUAAUUGCACUGCUCUUUGUGUUUUUCAACAGCAUUUCUGUCACUGUUCAUUUUCAUUCAAGUGUAUUUGCUGUCAUGUUGCAGUUGAAUUGAGCAGUUUCAAAUGUGCUCUGAUUCGAGGCUGAAUAAGGCUGUCCCCUUGUGGUCACAUAUCGUUCACUUAGCAGGAAGGCGGAACUGUUUUUGUGCUGUGGAAUGUCUCUUGAGUUCAAUAUGAUGGAAUAAA